UCACCAUCACAUGUAUGGACACUUGUGGUAGCUGGAAGCGACAUUGUGCUUAGGUAAGAAGGAGAGCGUGGACAAGCACAACGUGUCAACAAUGGGUGACAAUAUAAUUGGUUCGGCAAGUUUCUUGCAUUUGGGUGACAUUGUUUCACUUUUUGCGGAGGGUAGUGUCUGCGGAUUUCUCAGUACUCUUGGUUUGGUUGAUGAUCGUACUGUGGUAUGUCCGGAGGCAGGCGAUUUAAAUUUUCCACCCAAGAAGUUUCGAGAUUGCCUAAUAAAAGUAUGUCCCAUGAAUCGGUAUUCGGCCCAGAAACAAUUCUGGAAGGCCGCCAAACAAUCAGCCAGCUCAAAUACGGAUACAAAUUUAUUGAAGAGGUUACAUCACGCUGCCGAAAUCGAAAAGAAACAAAAUGAAACGGAAAACAAAAAGCUCUUGGGUACCGCCAUCCAAUAUGGCAAUGUGGUCCAACUGCUGCAUCUGAAAUCCAACAAAUACCUGACGGUAAACAAACGUCUACCCUCCCUGUUGGAGAAAAAUGCCAUGCGGGUGUAUUUAGAUGCCAAUGGCAAUGAGGGUUCCUGGUUUUAUAUUAUGCCCUUCUAUAAAUUACGCUCUACGGGAGAUAAUGUGGUGGUGGGCGAUAAGGUCAUCCUGAAUCCCGUCAAUGCUGAUCAACAAAAUCUCCAUGUGGCAGCCAAUUAUGAGCUUCCCGAUAAUCCAGGCUGUAAGGAGGUUAAUGUCCUGAAUUCGUCCACCUCGUGGAAGAUUACCCUCUUCAUGGAACACAAAGAGAAUCAAGAUCACAUCCUGAAAGGUGGAGAUGUUGUGCGUCUCUUUCAUGCGGAACAGGAGAAAUUCCUUACCAUGGAUGAAUAUAAGAAGCAACAACAUGUUUUCUUGCGGACAACGGGUAGGACAAGUGCGACAGCGGCCACUUCGAGUAAAGCCUUGUGGGAAAUCGAAGUGGUACAACAUGAUUCGUGUCGUGGUGGUGCGGGACAUUGGAAUUCUUUGUAUCGUUUUAAACAUUUGGCCACGGGUUAUUAUUUGGCUGCAGAGCUGGACUCUGAAAAUGGUAUGGGAGGCAGUGGGGCAAAUGCCAGUAGUGUGGGUCAGCUGCAGCAGCAGCAACAAAUGCAUCAGACUCCUACCCAGCUGUUUAACAUUAGUGCGGAAAAUGCCAAGGAUUCGGGUAUUAGCUGUAAUUCGACGAUGAUAGACAAAGGUAAAUUGGAACACUACCGUUUGGUUUCCGUACCCUUUUCCACCGACAUUGCCACCGUGUUUGAAUUGGACCCCACCACCAUGGCCAGGGCAGAUAGCCUUGUGCCGCAAUCUAGCUAUGUACGGCUACGCCAUCUCUGCUCCAAUACCUGGGUACAUGCCACUUCCAUACCCAUUGACAUCGAUGACGAUAAACCGGUAAUGUCCAAGGUAUGCUGCUCCCCCGUCAAGGAAGACAAGGAGGCCUUCGCUUUGAUACCCGUACCUCCCGUAGAAGUUCGUGAUUUAGAUUUCGCCAAUGAUGCCUGCAAGGUCUUGGUAUUGGUCACAGCCAAAUUGGACAAUGGCACCAUUUCGAUCAAUGAAAGGAAAUCCCUCAUCUCCCUACUGCAGGACAUAGUCUACUUCAUAGCGGGCAUGGAAAAUGAACAGAACAAAACAAAAGCCUUGGAAUUGACCAUAAAAAAUCCGAUACGAGAUCGUCAAAAAUUACUUCGUGAACAAUACAUACUCAAACAGCUGUUCCGAAUUUUAGAGGGGCCCUUCCAGAAACACCCCGGGGGAGAUGGACCUUUCCUACGGCUAGAUGAGCUUAGUGAUCCGAAGAAUAGUCCCUACAAAAACAUCUUCCGUUUAUGCUAUCGCAUUUUGCGCUUGUCGCAACAAGAUUAUCGUAAAAAUCAGGAAUACAUUGCCAAACAUUUCGGGCUGAUGCAAAAACAAAUUGGCUAUGAUAUCCUCGCCGAGGAUACAAUCACCGCCUUGCUGCACAAUAAUCGUAAACUUCUUGAGAAACACAUCACGGCGGCGGAAAUUGAAACCUUCGUAGGGCUGGUACGCAAAAACAUGCAUAAUUGGGAUUCACGCUUCUUGGACUACCUCUCCGAUCUGUGUGUCUCCAAUCGCAAGGCAAUUGCGGUCACACAGGAAUUAAUUUGUAAAAGUGUUUUGAGUUCGAAAAAUUCCGAUAUCCUGAUUGGUACCAUAGUGAAAAGUGUCAAGAGUCCUAAAUUUGGCUUCGCCAAACAAAGUGACAUGAACAAACCCCUAUCGCCUCUAACCGAAGUCCUUGACGAUGAUGACAAACUUGAUUUGAUAUCCACCAAAACAAAUAGCACCUGGGAUAUGCGUAGCCUCGAGGGGGACAAUGAGCAGGAGGGCGAUAAUGUUAAAUAUGAAAUUCACUUGAAAUGGAAGGGUCUAAAGGAAUCCCGUUCAAUUGCCGAUUUAGCCAACUGUGUGGCCCAGGGCAAGGAGCAGGAAAUUGCCAUUCUCAACUAUUAUCGCCAUCAGUUGAAUUUAUUUUCGAAUAUGUGUCUGAAUCGCCAGUACUUGGCCCUGAAUGAUUUAUCACCCCAUUUGGAUAUUGAUUUGAUUUUGAAAUGCAUGUCCGACGAAACGAUGCCCUAUGAAUUGCGUGCUUCGUUCUGUCGUCUAAUGCUGCAUCUGCAUGUGGAUCGUGAUCCCCAGGAACCGGUAACGCCGGUAAAAUAUGCCCGUCUCUGGAGUGAAAUACCAUCGAAAAUGUCAAUUUUGGACUAUGAUGGCAAAAAUCAACAACCAGAUCAAAACAAGGAAGCUGUACGGGCCAAAUUUAAUACCACCAUUGCUUUCGUGGAGAACUAUCUAUGCAAUGUGGCGGCUAAGGUUUGGCUAUUCACAGAUCAGGAACAGAAUAAGCUGACAUUUGAGGUAGUAAAAUUGGCUCGUGACUUAAUUUACUUCGGCUUCUAUAGCUUCAGCGAUCUGCUGCGAUUGACCAAGACAUUGCUUUGCAUCCUCGAUUGUGUAUCGGAUAGUAGCAUUGAUAGUUCCACGGCGGCUGGACCAAAUGCUGGACGAUUUGAGGCAGCUGUAACAGACUCCGAAGGAGGUGUCCUGCGUUCCAUUGGCGAUAUGAACACCGUUAUGACCAGCUUGGCCUUGGGUUCUGUUGGCCAAGUUAUGGCCACACCGGCCAUUUCAUCGCUACAACAACGCAAAUCCGUAUCACAGCUAAUGAAGGAGUUCCCCCUGGUCAUGGAUACAAAGCUGAAAAUCAUCGAAAUUCUACAAUUCAUUCUGGAUGUCCGUUUGGAUUAUAGAAUUAGUUGCCUCCUAUCGAUAUUCAAGCGUGAGUUCGACGAAAGUGACGCCCAUCAAUUUGCCAAUCAGUCGGAAGCAGCUACAGCGACAGUAACAUCGGCACCCUAUGUACAGACUACCACAACCACAAUUACCACAACAUCGGAUAGUGGCAUUAGUUCAUCAUCGACAAUAUCGGGUGGUGGUAACACAACUUCCAACACAACAUCAUCUUCUUCCACAUCACCCACUUCCUCCAACACAAACACAACCACCGGCACCCAAGAUGCCCAGGCAUCGGCAGCAGCUGCUUUCCAACAGCGUCAAAAGAAUAUCGAUUUAGAGUCAAUUGGCAUACAGGCGGAGGGCAUUUUCGAUUGUGACAGCGGUGAUGCUGCCAAUUUGGAUCUGGACGGUCAGGGUGGUCGUACAUUUUUACGUGUUCUAUUACAUUUAAUUAUGCAUGACUAUCCACCGUUAGUAUCGGGAGCAUUGCAUUUGCUCUUCCGUCAUUUCAGUCAACGUCAGGAGGUUUUGCAUGCCUUUAGGCAGGUACAACUUUUGGUUUCCGACAAUGAUGUGGAAUCGUAUAAACAAAUUAAACACGACUUGGAUAUUUUGCGGCAAAGUGUUGAGAAAUCCGAAUUGUGGGUAUAUAAAUCGAAAACUUCCGAGGAAUUAAGUACAACGGUAGGAGAAUCUUCUAUAGAUAAUAGCAAUCUAACCAACGAAUAUAAGGCUUCAUUAUCGACUGAACAAUUGGCCGAAUAUAAAAAGGUCAAAGAAAUCCUGAUACGCAUGAAUCAAUUUUGUGUCACGCAAGGACCCUAUGUAAAACCACGUAAACAUGAACAACGCCUGCUGCGUAAUGUUGGCGUCCACACUGUGGUCUUGGAUCUACUGCAAAAUCCCUACGAUGAAAAGGAUGAUGUCCUUAUGAAGGAAUUGAUGUUCUUGGCUCAUGAAUUUUUGCAGAACUUCUGUUUGGGCAAUCAACAGAAUCAGGUGUUGCUGCAUAAUCAUUUGGAUUUGUUUUUGAAUCCGGGGAUCCUCGAAGCCAAAACCGUCUGUGCGAUAUUCAAGGACAACCUAACCCUGUGCAAUGAAGUUACCGACAAAGUCGUCCAACACUUUGUACAUUGCAUUGAAAUCCAUGGUCGUCAUGUUGUGUAUCUGCAAUUCCUACAGACCAUUGUCAAGGCUGAGAAUCAAUUUAUACGCAAAUGCCAGGAUAUGGUUAUGCAGGAACUGAUCAAUGCCGGCGAAGAAGUUUUGGUAUUCUACAAUGAUAAAUCAUCGUUCAAUCAGCUGGUGCACAUGAUGCAGACGCAAAAGACUCCACUGUCGGAUGAUAGUCCCUUGAAGUAUCAUGUAGAAUUGGUAAAACUUUUGGCCUGCUGUACCAUGGGUAAAAAUUUGUACACGGAAAUCAAAUGCAAUAACCUGUUGUCCUUGGAUGAUAUUGUGGCGGUUAUCUGUCAUCCGGCUUGCAUACCGGAGGUCAAGGAGGCUUAUGUCGAUUUUCUGAAUCAUUGUUAUAUCGAUACAGAGGUUGAGAUGAAGGAGAUCUAUUCAUCGGGUCACAUGUGGAAUUUGUUCGAAAAAAGUUUUAUGGUGGACAUUAAUUUGCUGAUCAAUACGGGGAUCAAUGCGGAUAAGACCCUCAUCAAUUAUGUGCUCAAUGGAGUCUGCACCAUACUGGCCAGCUUUUUCAGUAGCCCCUUUUCCGAUCAGAGCACCAUUGUACAGUCCCGACAAAUGAUAUUCGUACAAUUACUGCAAGUCUGUUAUCGUUUAUCUCAAUGCAAAUGGUUGAGUCUGGCUGAUCGCUUUAAUGUCGAAAAUUGUAUACGUACUUUGGCUGAGUCGGCAAAGACACGCAGCAUCGCCAUACCGCUCGACUUGGAACAGCAGGUGGUGACCAUGUCAAGUAAAACGGCUCUGCUCACCAGGCAGACGACAAAAUGGCUAUUGGCCUCGAAACAGCCAAAAUAUGAGACACAGCAUUCGGCCAAUUUAAUGCGAUUAGACAGGUCCAUUAUCGAGGGCUUGCAGGAUAUUGUCUCACUGCUGGAGGAUCAAUUGAAACCAGUAGUGGAAGCAGAAUUGUCACUGUUGGUCGAUAUUCUGUACAGAUCGGAAUUGUUGUUCCCGCAGGGAACGGAGGCACGAAAAAGAUGUGAGUCAGGUGGCUUUAUCCGGAAGCUGAUCAAGCAUACGGAGAAGUUGUUGGAGGAAAAGGAGGAGAAAUUAUGUGUGAAGGUAUUGAAGACGUUGAGGGAAAUGAUGGCCAUAGAUGUGAAUUAUGGUGAGAAGGGAGAUGCCUUGAGGAGUACCCUGCUGAAACGAUAUUUCGAUAUAAAGCCAUCGAAUACUUCGAGAACCCCAGUGGAACCAAAGGGGGAUAUUUUGUCGUUGGCUCAGGAUAGUCAAAAGCAACAUUUGAAUUUGGUCACCCAUGGACCGGGAGCGAAAUAUUUACAAAGGGCCGAGAAAACGCUGCAUGAAGUACAAAAUCACUUGGAUCGAGAAGGAGCCUCAGAUUUGGUUAUCGAAUUGGUUAUUAAGUCGGUACACUCCCCCUCAAUUUUUGUAGAGGCCAUUGAGUUGGGUAUUGCCUUGCUGGAGGGUGGCAAUCCAAUUAUCCAGAAGGGGAUGUACACGAAAUUCCUGAGCGGUGAUCUAAAUCAGGCUUUCUUCAAGGUCUUCUUUGAUAAAAUGAAAGAUGCCCAACAGGAGAUCAAAUCCACGGUCACCGUGAAUACUUCGGAUAUUGCGGCGAAGGCCCAUGAAAGUAAACAGGAUGUUAAUUUGGAAUUGGAUAAAAUUUCCCGGAAGCAUGGAGUGAAAACUAAUGGUGUCGUGAUCACGGAUGAACUGCGGAAGGAGCUGCACAAUGCCGGAUUGGCCACGGCCAGGGCAUUUAGUAAUGCACGGAAUCUACAUGCAGGAGAGGAUUCGAAUUCUCUUAACAUCAACAGUCCCUUUGAUGAAAUUCUCGCGGAGAAAUUGGAAAAACACAAGGAUAACAAGGAAGAUCGGAAUAAAUUAUCGAAUAAGGUCUUGGUUAUGCAACCUAUACUCCGGUUCAUGCAGCUGCUUUGUGAAAAUCACAAUCCUGACCUGCAGAAUUUGCUUAGGAAUCAAAACAACAAAACCAAUUAUAAUCUUGUUUCGGAAACCCUUAUGUUUUUGGAUUGUAUCUGCGGUUCGACAACGGGAGGUCUUGGCCUCUUGGGUCUCUAUAUCAACGAAAAUAAUGUGGCUUUGAUUAAUCAGACCCUGGAAACCCUCACCGAAUAUUGUCAAGGUCCUUGUCACGAGAAUCAAAAUUGUAUUGCCACCCAUGAAUCGAAUGGUUUGGAUAUUAUCACCGCGUUGAUUCUGAAUAACAUUAAUCCAUUGGGAGAAAAUCGUAUGGAUUUGGUAUUGGAAUUGAAAAAUAAUGCUUCGAAGCUAUUGCUGGCCAUAAUGGAGUCACGAGGUGAUGGUGAAAAUGCCGAGAGGAUUUUAUAUAACAUGAACCCCAAACAAUUGGUUGAUGUGGCCUGUAAGGCAUAUCAUCAGGAAGAAAUGAUUGACGAUCAUGAUGGGGAUGAAGAUGGGGUGGGGCCGGAACAUGAUGACGAUGAUGAUGUAUCGGUAAGUCCACGCGAGGUGGGUCAUAACAUUUACAUUUUAUGUCAUCAAUUGGCCCAACACAACAAGGAAUUGGCCAGUUUGCUAAAGGUUUCCGAUGAUCCGCAAUCGCCAAACUAUGAUGCCAAAAUGAGUCAGGCAUUAAUGUAUUAUGCCACACAUACUGCGCAAAUUGAAAUCGUUCGCCAUGACCGCACCCUCGAACAAAUUGUCUUUCCCAUACCGGAAAUCUGUGAAUAUCUGACCACCGAUACAAAAAUGAAAAUAUUCCAAACCGCCGAACGUGAUGAUCAGGGCUCGAAGGUGGCCGAUUUCUUUGACAAGGCUGAGGAAAUGUUUAACGAAAUGAAAUGGCAAAAGAAACUGAGAGGUCAACCUUUCCUAUUUUGGGUUAGCAGUUAUAUGUCACUCUGGAGUAAUAUAUUAUUUAAUUGCGUUGUUGUUAUAAAUAUAAUUGUUGCAUUUUUCUAUCCCUUCGAUAACACUGUGCCUGAACUAAGCUCUCAUAUUUCAUUACUCUUUUGGGCCAUAAUGAUAUUUUCGCUAGUUAUAGUGGUAACAUUACCGCGAGAAUCGGGUAUACGAACGUUAAUCGGGUCAAUAAUAUUACGAUCGAUAUUUUUGCUGGGGCCAGAAUCAACGUUAUGCCUGCUGGGGGUAGUAACGGUAACACUGAAAAGUGUCCACAUAAUAAGUAUAAUGGGCAACAAGGGUACACUGGAGAAACAUUUCCUGAAAAUUAUAACAGAUUUUCAACUGUUAUACCACUGUAUCUAUAUGUUCUUUUGUUUUUGCGGUCUGAUAUUUCAUCCGUUUUUCUAUUCGUUGUUGCUCUUCGAUGUGGUUUACCGCGAGGAGACCCUGGUGAAUGUCAUUCGAUCGGUAACGCGUAAUGGCCGCUCAAUUGUCUUGACCGCUGUUUUAGCCUUGAUAUUAGUUUAUCUGUUCUCCAUAAUUGGUUAUAUGUUCUUCCGUGAUGAUUUCCUGCUCGAGGUGGAUGUGGAAAAUGUUGAAAAUGUGUUGGAAUCUGCAACCCUUUCGGUUAGUCCUGACAACACCUGUUCCUCUGCCGACAGCAUGGAGAAGCCCAAGUUAAUUACCACCAGUGAUGGCGAAGUUAAAGAACGCUCCUGCGAUUCCUUGGUUAUGUGCAUUGUAACUACCCUCAAUCAGGGCCUGAGGAAUGGUGGCGGCAUUGGUGACAUUUUGAGGGCGCCAUCUAGUAAGGAGGGCCUCUUCGCUGCCCGCGUCAUCUACGAUCUGCUGUUCUUCUUCAUUGUCAUCAUUAUUGUGUUGAAUCUGAUUUUCGGUGUAAUUAUCGAUACCUUUGCCGAUCUGAGAAGUGAAAAGCAACAAAAGGAAUUGAUUCUGAAGAACACCUGUUUCAUUUGCGGCCUCAAUCGUUCGGCAUUCGAUAAUAAAACUGUCAGCUUUGAGGAACACAUAAAAUCGGAACAUAAUAUGUGGCAUUAUCUCUACUUCAUCGUACUCGUGAAGGUAAAAGAUCCGACGGAAUUCACCGGCCCUGAAAGUUAUGUUUAUGCAAUGGUUAAGGCUGGCAUUCUCGAUUGGUUCCCACGUCUGAGGGCGAUGUCUUUGGCGGCGGUUGAUGCUGAUGGAGAACAAAUUGAGUUGCGUAGCAUGCAGGCUCAACUUUUGGAGACACAAAUGUUGAUCACCAAUUUGUCACAACAGCUCCACGAACUUAAGGAUCACAUGACGGAACAGAGGAAACAGAAACAGCGCUUGGGUCUGCUGAAUACCACGGCUAGCAGUUUUAUGGCGGGUUAUCAAUUUCAGUAA